AUGGUCAAUGUACUUGGCAAAGUGGCUAUAGGAGAUAUUCCUGGGCAGAAGGCUUCUAAGCAAGAAGUCUUAACAUGGAAAACCAGCACAGCAAUGUUAGAAGCAAAGUUUAAACUAUGGAAGCCUGUUGAUCUAUCAGAAGAUGCUGAUCCUUGUGAUACAUAUAUAUGUUGUAUUAUGACUGAAGUAUUUAGAAGUCGUCGUUCAAAGCUCAAUCAAGAAUUUGCUAUUGUGGUGAUUGAUAUGAUGUUUGACUCUACAAUCACGACUACCUCUUUUACAGAUGGAGAAAUCUAUUCCCGAAUAGAAGCGCUUUCUAAACAAGUUAAUAAUGUCCAAGAGUCCAAUGAUAAUGCUGAAGAUAAUAAUGACGAGCAACACUUAGAAGAAUACGAAAAUCAUUCUGACUGCCAUUCUAAUAUUUCACAUUCUGGCACUCCUUCUAUGUGUCACAAUUAUGACGAUAAUAGUUAUAAUGAUCCUAAAGAUUAUUGA